UGUAAUCGGCGCGCUAACGAAUCAUACACAAAUGGUGAAUGUCAAUUAUAUAUGUAGUUACAAUAAUAUUGUGAGAACGUUAUAGGAUUUAAACACAAAACGUGAGAAUGUUCAAGUUCGGAGGAUGGAAGGCGUCGCUAAACUUCAGCGGCGGCAGUCGCCGCAGGGAAGUGUACGACAGCGGCCCGGACCUGUCUACAGGAGGGGCCUACAGAUCACAUAGGGAAGAAUUCUUCGGACGCAACAGUAUAGCAGAUCCGCCAAAAAAACUAACGCCAUCUAUGGUAAAGCUGCCACCCAGUACAGAAACAAUAAAGACUUCAAAAAGUGCCAACGACUUAACAGAACCUUAUAAUCUACCUCCAGAACUUAGAAAGAGUUCACCGAAUGUCUCAACUGACCCUAGAGGCGGACCUUCUAAUAACAGAGGAUCCUCAGUUUUAUAUAAGAAUGCGAAAAAGAACGCAAAAGAUGAUAAAAAAGAUAAAGAGAAAAAGAAAGCAAAGAAGCAGCGGUUAGCGGAAGAAAAGAAGAAAGCUCAAGAACAAGCGAAGCAGGACAAGUUAAGAAUACAACGAGAUAAGAAGAUAGCCGAACAGCAGGCGAAAGAUGUUAAAGCAAGGAAGAAGGAGAGUAAAAAAGCGUUGCCGCAAGCGACUGUGACUAAAUCUUUAGUGCCUAAAGAACCGCAGAAGAAUCCUUUAGGAAGAGUAGCGACUAAUACUCUAGAAAGUUCUAUCAGCCGUAGUAGCGGCCCACCGCCUUAUACUGAACAAGUUAAGCCAGAGAAACAUGUGAACAGGAACGAUUCUACAGGGAAUACCAGUUUUAGUAAACCAAUAGAGAGUAGUAGUUGGGACAUGAUUUCGGAGCACCGGAGUCAGAUGAGCAGGAAUCCUGUGGCUAGCGGGUCUAGACAAAAACAAAUGGUGCUGGAUCUGCAGCUAAGCUUUGAUAAAGCGCAGGAAAAUGUUAAAAAUAAUACUGAAGUUUGAAUAAUGUAACAUUAAAGUUUUUAUAAGUA